AUGGAUACAAUAUCAUGUGCAUAUACAGGUGGUCACACCAUAGGUAUGUCUCGGUGCACUAGUUUCCGGCAAAGGCUGUACAACCAGACAGGCAAUGGCAUGGCUGACAGCACUCUGGAUGUAUCCUACGCCGCGCAGCUGAGGCAGGGGUGUCCCCGCUCUGGUGGUGACAAUAACCUUUUCCCCUUGGACUUUGUUACCCCAGCCAAGUUUGACAAUUUUUACUACAAGAACCUCCUGGCCGGAAAGGGCCUUCUAAGCUCUGAUGAGGUUCUGUUAACUAAGAGUGCUGAGACAGCGGCCCUCGUGAAGGCAUAUGCUGCUGAUGUCAAUCUCUUCUUCCAGCACAUUGCACAGUCAAUGGUGAAUAUGGGCAGCAUCUCACCACUGACAGGGUCACAAGGUGAGAUCAGGAAGAACUGCAGGAAGCUCAACAACGGCCACGGAGGGCACUGA